GACGUCAGACCAGAAUCCACUGUGUCCAGCUGAUCUACAGGUGCAGUUAACGCUCGGAGCGCUGGUUCCUGGAUACUACUGCUACCAGGCCGGAGAAGAUGGGGUGCUGCUUUAGUAAGGAGCUCAACCCCGGCCUGCAGAAUGAGAGGAGAGGUCUGUUACAGCCCCCACUCCACGAUGGGCUGAAUGAGGUGACAGAGCAGGUCAGGCAACACGCUGCGGCUGUAGCUCAACAUGUGUGCAUGGAGGAAGAGGAGACACGCGUGGCAGACGGACCGGCCAAGUGUAAGCCGCCGCAAGAUGAGGAGAGACCUCUAGAACCGGACAGCAAAGUUUACACAGAGGAGGCCUCGGUCGGCAGCGACAAAACCAAGCGGAGCGAGAGAGAUCUCAAACCAGGGAGCACUCACAAGGAGGAGCAGGCUAUUAUUAUCACAACCAGCACAAACAUACAUACAAACACGGACACGGCAGCAGGCGUGACACACACUGCCAGGCCCAGCUGUGAACCGGCUCCCUAUAUGGAGGUGCCCACACAGAGUCCAGCCAGACAGAGGAUUUUGGAGAAUGCCACACUCAGAGCUCUAUGGUUCAAUCAGCUCCCAGAUGGGCAGGAGAAGCCAGCAGGCUCUUGGUCAGCUCCCGCCAGGUUACCCUCUGCUAGCUGGCAGAGCAACAUCGGAGUGAGCGAGGUGUCAGGUGACCAACCACUGCCGCAGGUCAGCACGCGUUGGGAGACGCAGCGGGAUUCCCCCAGAGCUGACCACAAGGAUGAAGACGGCGAGGAAGUCUGUGUCGUCACGACAACGCUGGGUCAGGGUUUCAAAACAAGGACCCAGAGCUUCUACAGCAUAUGCUCCAUUGACGCCGAUGACCUUGACCACGACCAUGAUCACAGCCAAUCCCAAACAGCUGGAGCAACACACUCACUGCACACAGCUGAAGUAGAAACAGCUGCUCUGCCCUGCAUAGUGGAGUCUCCGGUCCUCAGCCAAUCACACACAGAGGCAUCCACAGCCUGCGACCAGAAGCAUGCCACAGAAUCUAAAAUGACCAGACUGUCACAUGAUGAGAAACCAGCUACACAGUCACAUGCCGCAGAACAGGCCUCCACUGUCCUGUCAAAGACCACCGUACCACUUCCUGUUGUAUCCCCACAGCUAGUCGACCCGCUGCCCCUGACCAGCAGUCCCAUAACCAGCGAGGACCCUCAGGUGAUUGAACCGGACAGCCCUGAUAAUACUGGAGAUUUGAACUGUCUGACAGCUGCAAAGGAUACAGAUGAAUCCACGAGUGACACUUUAAUGACGUCAAACACAGAUGAAAAUACAUGUGUGGAUAAGAAGAAUGAAUGUGCGGAGGCCGAGAGUGUGAAGAGGUCAGAAGAAAAGAUAGUUACAGAGGAUUGUGUGUGUUCAGAGGAGCAGAGUGUGUUCUUGGAGGACCGCAGAGCUGCAGACGACGUCUUUAAUGCCACAAAGGAAACAUCAGUCAGCUUCCAGGAGAAAGAAUCGGAUCAGAUUGUAGAUUCUGGCUUUAAUCCUCCGGACAGUUGUCUGCAUGAGUCCGACCUCAUACCAGAGAAGCACAUCCAAAGUUCACAGCCAGCCACUGAAACUUCUGAGUCGGAUACUUCCAGUCAGAGCCUCAGUUCUUCAAAGCUUGACUUCAAAGCGCCGCACAAGGAGGAGGAGGAGGAGGACAGUUUGCCUCCGCCUGGAGGACAGAUCGAGCCGGAUAAACCCUCCCCGCAGAGCGAGGCCAUCUCUGUGAGUAUCUGCAGAAGCCGAAGCGAGGGAGAGGACGUCGGUCACAGCAGCACAGCAGAUACGAGCCUCACCGAGGUGUCGUCAAUCUCCACCAUCUCCGCCGUGUCAUCACUGCCCACUGAGCUGACCGCCUUCUCCUGCCACCCAGAUCCGACGCCUCUCUCAGACUUCACUAAAACCACAUCUGACAAAUUAGAUUUUAAUUUCAACGAUCCAACGUUUGAAUUGAGCAGCGUUAAGCCUCCCGGUCGAGACGUCGAAUCCGCUGAGCAAAGCGACUCCAGGUUGGACGACUGUGACAAACAGUUUGACGGCGGUGAUGUAAAAACUGACGGUGAGCUGGUUUCUCUUAAAAAUGAGGCUUUUCAGGACGUCCUCAUGAGCGGAGAUGACAGACAGGUCACCAAAAAGCCCCAACCUGAAAUGUGUCAGGACAGCAAACAUGUUGAGAGUGGUGAUGUUACAGUUGGUUUACCGGAAACAGCACAAAACAGCCCUCACCCGGAGACGAGUGAUGAAAAAUGUAACAUGACGUUUGAGCACUGUGAUGACUGCACAGCUGUAAAUACAAGCAUCUCUCCUCAGGACCACGAGAGCAGCACUGAGGACUCGUGUCACAGUCCUCUUUCACAACCUCCUGCUGCUGAAAGUGAGCAUUCUGUUACCACCUCCUCUUCUCGGCCUCCGUCUUCCUCCUGCACAUCUUUUGAGGAAAGUGAGCAGAGGUUUAAUUCAGAGACUGAAGUUACUACUGAGAGUGGAUGCAGCCAAAUCCAACUGAAGGUAAAUCCACCAGUAUGUGAGGGAAGAGAAGAAGAAGCAGCAGUUGCACAGGAGAUUGAUCAACACUUUUCAUUGCCUGUCGAGCUUGAAUCUGCAGAUACAGUAGAAGAACUUUCCCACAAUCAGCCAACCUCUGAAAUAUUUCCCUCCAGUGUUUCCUCUGACUGUCUGAAGCCAGAUGUCGACCUCAUCCUACAGCACGAAGCCUCUAAUAGUUUGUCUGAACCUUCAGAUUCAUCAAAUGGAAAUCUCUUGGAUGAAAUUAACAAGAUGAAGAUGUCACCAGAGGAGCAACCUGCACUUGACAGCGAUAUUGCUCCAGAGAAUUUUACAGUAACUCAGACGCUGCCCAAAAGCAUGGAGGUCUGCGUUGACACCAGCAUCUGUGACUCUUACAUGAUUCCUAAUGAUAUUAUCUAUGAGGACGACAGAGCUCCGAUUUCAGACUGCCAGGAGGACCUCAACAUAAUCACGGUGGAUCCAGGUCAGAUCGACGUGCACGCCUCAACUCCGUCUUACGUGAUUCACUUCCUGGGUCACGAGCCGCCAGCGGCCGCUGAGGACGGAGAGAGAGAAGGAGGGAUGAGGGAGAUGGUGUCCGAACUGCUGGGAGAGGACGCGGACUCCUCCGUCUGCCGCCUCUAUCCCCACCCCUGGAUCAAGCUGGGUCUGGGGGACAGCUGCGGGGGGUGGGCCCAGGGGACGUCCGAUGCCGAGCCCGGCCAGGGUGAGAGCGAGACGGGCGCCGACGCGGAGCUGAUCCCGGCCUCGGUCUCAGAGCUCCAGCCCUCCAUGGCUCUGCUGGGAGCUUAUCCCUACAGUACUGUGAUGCCUCAGGGAUCCUGUGUGUGGGACUGGCACACAGACUGCACUCAGUCUGAACCCGUUGCAGCCCCCAGCCUUAACCCUGACGCUGAGGUAUGGACCAAUCACAACUUUAAUUUGGACGUCGCUGGCCCAGUUUUCCCACAGGCUCAGCAGCCGUGGCUGCAGUUCCCCAGCGAUCAGAUCAAUCAUGAAGGAUACGUGCCAGAGUUUCAGCUGGAGAACAUGGGCCUGACUGAGACUGAUCCCAGCACAACAGAGUACCAGACGCUGGCUGCUGAAGCUCCCUUAGUUAACGGAGAGCCCAGUGACCCACCUGUCACAGAUGAGAUCACACAACAGCUGAGGACCGUUUUGGAGUCCUGCUUGACCAGAGAGCACCUUGGCAGCGACCUGUACCUCAAAUCUCAGAUGGACAGUGACCAGUACAUUUCAAUCUCAACGCUGGCCAGCCUCGACAAGAUCAAGAGUCUCAGCACGGACCUGAACCUCAUCUCUGACAUUCUGAAAUCUCUGCCGCUGGUCCAGGUGGCUCCGUGCGGUGAGAAGGUCCGACCCAGCCAGAGUCGAUGUGUCGUCAUCCUGCGUGAGAUCCCUGACACCACACCUCGUGAGGAGGUGGAGGCUCUUUUUGAUGGAGAGAACCUGCCCAAGUUCCUGAGCUGUGAGUUUGUGAGCAACGAUAACUGGUUUGUCACCUUUAAAUCAGAAGCCGACGCACAACAGGCCUACAAAUACCUGCGAGAGGAGGUUCGGGUGUUCCAGGGAAAGCCGAUCAUGGCGAGGAUAAAGGCCAAAACCAUGGCAGUCGCUUCCUAUGCUCCAAAAAACGGCUACAGACCCGCCCAGCUGGACAACUGCAGCAAUCCUUACGGCUCCUACUUUCCCCCGACAUCUUUUCAUAUGCCAACACAACAGCUGUAUGAUUUCACCAACGAGGUGUGGCCUUCAGCUGCAUCACAAUACUCUGAGUGUGCUGAGCAUCCACAGAUGAUGAAUGACUUCAUGAAUGGGUUCCCAGCAGCUUCUAACUUCAAACCUCGCAACCCACACAGGCAGAGAAGAGGCUCGAGAUGGUCGAACUCUGGAGAACGCUGGCAGGUCCAUCAGAACGACUCCUCUCACCCGUCUGAGCAAACGCCAGAGGAACGCUCCUCUUCUCCGAAGUCGGGUCGAGGGAGGUCACGGGGCAACAUGCGCCGUCAGACCAGAGGUGGAAGGACGGAGCCCCACAAGCAACUCGUGCCACCGACUUCCGAUAGAGGAAGGAGAGGAAACUUCAGCCAGAGGAGGAGAGAGAACAUGAGGUCAUGGGACAGAUCUGCUGGAAACAAUCGUAAUGCACCAAAUCAGUCACCUCCUCGUCAGCCGUCUCCUCCUCUCGAACUUGGACUGACGAGCUUCCCUCCUCUUCCUCCGGCAAACACUGCCAUAGCAACGCUACCUGCAGCAAACGGCAGCGUCAAGAGUCCAAUCAAAAGCAGCAGCCUCUGCACACCAGUACCAGUGAUGUCACGAGAGCCUGAGCCAGUCUCCCAGCAGAAUGUGAAGGAGAGAACAGAGACGACCAACGAGGCCAAACCAGCUCCGCUCAUACAGGAACCAGUCACAGAGUCCAAGAAGCCGAGCUACGCCGAGAUCUGCCAGAGAGCGUCGCCCAGUGAGCCGGCACCGCCCGCUGAGCCGGCUCCGCCCACCGACCACGCCUCCUCCGAGACAGAGCAUAUCCCGACCUAUCCGGGGAACGCCUCUGACCCCGCUCUGUUGUCACGGUGAUGACAUAGGACGAAGAAAAAGACACUUAUGAACUUCUUUAUGAGUGUUGUAUAAGCUUAGAAUGUAUUGUUGUAAUGUCCAAUCAUACAAACGGGCUGCCUGUUAACAUGUGGUGUAAUAAUCAGGGCAGAUUGUCGGGAUUUAUUGAACUGAACAUCAACUUUAAAUCGACUAAAUUUCGGUCUGAAUCUUGAACCCCAGAUAAAUACUGCUGACAUGUACUGCUGUGAACUGGGUGGGUCUGACUGCUGGCUGGUUCAGGACAGGAUGGGCUGAUGCGGGUCCCCGGGUCGCUUAACCACUCAGGACAUCGAAGCCCAACGUUUCAGUUUGAUCUGCUACUUUCUGUUUAGUUUUAUUUAUGGGUUCAUAGUUCAGAUCAGUUUAGAGAACCAGGUUCCAUCUCGAUUCAGCCUCGUUUCUUUAGCUGGUGGCAGCGGCACUUCUUUUCCUGCUGUUUGUGUGCGUUGGAUGUUUUUCUCGCUGUACAGGAUGUUCCGACAUGAUUCUGAACUUGUUUUGAUGUUUUUUUUUUUUUUUCAUACAUCUGUGUUAUUCUUUCGUCUACAGAGCGGCUGUGGGCACACAUGAUGCUUUUUCUCUAAAUAUUAGUACCAGAGGAGUCACCCAGUUUGUUUCUAUUAGUCUUUCAAAUGCUGGUGAGACGUCAAGGCCUGUAAUGAACCAAGGUCCAAUAUGUAUUAGUGAGUAUCGGAAGGAUCAGAUCUCUGUAUUGAUUUGAAAAGCACUGUACAUCAAUCCUUUAUCUCUGCAUGAUUUUCUUUUUUUUUUUUUUUAAAUUUCAUUUUAGGAUUUAAUUUAUGUGAUAUUUUUAUUUAUGAUAGAUGAGUGCUUUUGUGUGUUUAGGCUUUAUCGAUUGUAAACAUCUGUACCUGUGUUGACAAAUUAAGUCCAGCUGAUGUCACCAUUUAGUCUCCCAGUCUCCGUCUGCUCAGGUGACACUGAGCUGGAUUUUGGACACAGGUGGGCUCAUUUCAGGUCGCCACAUAAAGGGAAGCAUGCUUUUUUCUGGCUGGGCAGGUUAGUUAGUGUCUGUAAGCAAGCGCUGAUUCCGCACUAAGAAUUGUAUUUGAGAACUUGAAUUUGAUUGUAUUGAGUCCAAUGUUCUUUUGUUUAAAAUAUAAAAUUUUAAAUGUAAAACAGUUGUCAUGGAGAAAGACAGCAGCUAUGGUUGUGGCACAUGUUACUUUGUCUGUACAGAUGUAUAUAAUAUUGAGCAAAUAUUAAAGAAGUGCCUUUGAAGUUAAA